UUUUCGGUCUGCAGAUGCAUUUUGUGAUUCUCUCAGCCACUUUCUUCAUUUUCCAGUUAAAUUUCCCUCUUGUGAUGUUCUAUUCAUUUCAAAGUCUCAUUAGUUAGUUACACUUAAAUUGAUUUUGGAGAUUUUAUCGUUUCGUGUUUUCCCUUAUGGGAGGCAGUAAAACACGCUAGAUUGAGGAACAGUAAACACUUGUGCUACUUAAUUUCAAAAGUACUUGUGUCUGGUAUCAUUUAUAAUUCUUGUUUUACGACUAAAUCCUCCAGAUUCUUCACAGUUGCUGUUAAGUUUCAGUGGCUCAGAAAGAUUGCUGCUGUCAGUGACCUAUUUGUAUAGAAUGGUAUGAGUCAGACAUUGCAAUGAGAUGAGUGAAGAGGAGCUUCUCUCGCGGGCGGCUGAAGAACGAGCAGAGAUUGUCAAGAAGUACUCUGAAGGCCGCCGAGAGGGAGCUCAAAUAGACCCAUGGGAGGAUCCUGCCUUACAAAUCUAUCAUGUCCUGGACAGAUAUGGCUUUAUCCACGAGAAAGGAGACUUCGAUGAUCAAAAACCUAACGAAAUCAGAUUAGAAAAUGAGCGUGAGAAAAAAUGGGUGAAGAUGCUGGAUAAAUGGGAUAAACACAAGGACACUGAAAAGCUCAAAAAUAGAGUUUUCAAAGGUAUCCCCGCAAAACUCCGAGGUAAAGCCUGGUUGAAGUUGAUGGAUGUUGAGUCUGAAGCAAAAACCAAAGAAGGAAAAUAUCAGGAGAUGAAAAAAGUAGCUCUAGAACACUCAGCAGAUAUCAGGCAAAUAGAUUUAGAUGUAAAUAGGACUUACCGUGAUCACAUUAUGUUCCGAAAACGGUACGAUAUCAAGCAGCAAGAAUUGUUCAACAUCCUUGCUGCAUACAGUAUUUACAAUACCGACAUUGGAUACUGCCAGGGAAUGUCACAAAUAGCCGCUCUUCUUCUCAUGUACCUCACUGAGGAACAGGCCUUCUGGGCCCUUUCAAUACUAGUCGCUGGUAGCAAAUAUUCCAUGCAUGGAUUCUUCAUUCCUGGUUUUCCGAAGCUUCUGCGAUAUCAAGAGCACCAUGACAAAAUAAUGGACAAAUUUUUGCCAAAAUUGAAAAAUCAUUUAGAUAGAAAUGGAGUAGAUACUGGAAUAUACACUUUAAAAUGGUUUUUUCAGUGUUUUCUUGACAGGGUACCUUUUAGAUUAGCUUUAAGGCUUUGGGAUAUCUAUCUCUUGGACGGCGAAAGAAUACUCACUGCAAUGGCGUAUAAUAUACUUAAGCUCCACGGCAAACAUCUAUUAAAAUUAGGAAUGGACGAUAUUCUUCAUUUUUUGCAGAUUAAACUAGAGAAAGAUUUUCACUACUCAGAUGAAGUUACGAUUGAAAACCUGAAGAAAUGUAUGAAAGAAUUGAAACAGAGCAAGUUGGACUUUGCUGGACAACCGCCAAAACAUGAACUGCCCCCAAAGAAUUUAGGAGAGUUCAAGCCAACUCCAACUUUCACUCAAAUGGUGUCGAGACAAGAAAGAGAAAAAGCCAGUGAAACUAUAAGCAAUGACAAAAGUGUGAACAGGAGGUAUUCAAAUGCAGCAGAACCAAGUCCGUAUAAUCAUAGACACUCUUUACCAUCUGACCAAACAUCAGCCAAGUCAGCGGAUAGUCGUCCGCGCUCGAAAUUGUCGUAUGGAACAAGCGCUGAUGACGGUUAUUCGAUCAUUGAAGAUGGAUCACGAAGAUCUCUUGCAGAUACAAGUAUCACCUCAACUGCGGACCUGUCUGUUUUCUCAUCUGCAACAAGAUCACAUGCUCCAGACUCGCACAGCUUGGAUGCAGGAGAUGUUAAUUCGGAUGACAAUAUUCCAUCAAUUGAUCCAAGCACUCCACGUGUCUCUCCAAGUCAUGACAUAGUCAGAAUUUAUGUUCCGUAUGUAUCUCCCACCCAUAUCUCUCCUGUAAAUGGUGAUCUCAUAGAGAGCAGUGAAACUAAUAAGAUUAGGAUUAAAAUUGUUGAGGAAAUGGAUCACUACGAUGACUUUGAGACUCCGGUCAUCGAAAAUGCACCAUCGCCCUUCCAGAUAGACACAAUAGAUGAUCUCAAGUAGUUAGUCUCAUGAUCAGAUUUUACCCUCUACGGCAUGAAUUAAUUUUGGGUUUUAGAUUCUGAUGAAUAUUAAUCUAUGCCACAGCUUGCGUAAAAACAGAGUCUCAAAAUUUUUCCUCAAAAUUUCAAAACUGAAUCAUCACUUUAAAAAAGGGCGGAAGUCCAAUUUUUCAAAUUUGCUUUUUUUGCAUUUUUAAUGCUCCUUUUUCAUGAAAUUUGUAUUCCUUUGCGUCUGUCACUCGCAUUUUAAGAAUGAGACUACCGCUGCUUUCUUGGGUGAUAUGGUAAGGAUACCUGGAGAGUUCAUUGAUACAAAAAACAAAAAAAAAAGAUUUUGAAAAAGGGACUUCGGCCAUUUUUAAAAGUAUAGAUUCAACUUUGGUAAACAUUCUUUUACAACAAAAAGAGGAAGCAUUGAUAAAAAUUUGCAACAUCAUGCCACAGAGAAAUAGUUCAAUUUUUGAAAAACCAAAAAAUGUGUUGUCACGAAUAAGUAACCCUAUGCCAUAGAGGGUUAAAAAGCUCCUAAUUUUACUAUUCUUCAGUUUCUCUCAAAUACGUAUUGCAUUUUUACAAGCCUGUAAUUCCCAUGUGUAUACUGUCUCUUAUGUAUCAAUGUAAAAUUCCCUCAUUCCCAACAGCGUCGGCCAGAAAAUUUUUUGCUUGUAAGAGGAAUUCUGAACCUCAAGUGAUGUCAUCAUUGCAAAAAGAGGGAAAUUCAUUAACUUCUGAAAUAUGAACAGUUUCAAGUUAAAUGUGGAACUCUGUAGACAGAAGUUGCCUCUCAGAUUCAAUUUCAUUGCCUUGCAGAAUAUUCCUCAAUGGAAAGGCCAUUCUCGCCCUUUCAAGGAAUUAAUCAUGUGUCGCUAAUUUCAGUAGUAAUUUUUGGCUUACUGUGGAAAUUUCCCAUUAAAAGCAUGAAUAUAACAGCAUUAAAACUUUCACUCUGAAACUGGCGUGGCUCUCAUCUCACAAUCUCCUAAACAAAUAAUAAUUUAAUAUACUGCAGCAUGACCCUCACUAAGUCGGAAACAUUCUAAGCUAUGUUCAAGUGUAUCAACUCUUGGAAGCCCUCCUCCUUUUUAUUAGUACCCUCUGUCCAAAGGAAACGCUGAGCGACUUUAACUUUGAAUAUCCUCUGAAUUAUUUACGGAGAAGGUGAAAUGGUGUUUGUGAAAAUUCAUUCUCUCAGAUGCUUCAUCCUGAACCAGCUUUUUAGUUUUCAUCUUUGUAUGUUCUAGUUUUUCAUAUCAUCAUGUAUGUUAAUGUGUUAUUAGGUUUCUAGACAUUUCUAAAGUUUCUGAAAUACUGAAAAACUUGUUUUCUGCUCCUUAGGCACAUAAAAAUAAGGUAUUUCACUAGUCAAUUUAAGAAUAAUCUUGAAAGGGUGUAUAAAAUGCCUGAUUUUGAGCUUGAUAGGUGUGUAGUAGUCUGAAACGUUCCAAAACAUAUUCAAGUGCUCUUGUGAAUUAGAAAUAAAUACAAGAGUAUCAUAAGAGGACACCUAAAACACUCAUUCCUUCUCUCAUAUUUUCUCCAAAAUCAAUGUUAGUUUCAGGAAUCAUCAGUCGAGAAAGAAUGUACUCCCAGAGCAGGUGUACAGCACUCACAAAAUAUAUUUAUAAAAAAAAAGUUAAGUGGCUUUAAAGUAAAAAAUUAUUCAGAAGGGAUGAGAGUUCAAAUUUUUUCAUCACACAGUGGGUUCUGUUUUCUUUCAUACUUCAUAGGAAUUCUUUUGUGAUAUUAAUUUUGUGAGUGCUUUAAGCUUGCUCUAAAAACACGCAUUUUCUCAAUUGAUUUUUCUCAAAAUUCAUAUUAACAUUUGAUUCUUAUUAUUAUUAUUUUUUCUCUCUUCAUGUUAGGUCUGCAAAAGAAAGGAAUAUAAGAAACCUGUAGUCACCUUUCAAACUGGAAGGACUUUAAGUAUAAAGCAAAACAAGGCAUGCACAUGGAAAUAUGGUUUCUUCUUUUUAAUAGUUUGCUACCGAAUACCUAUCAUGUAAAUCUUGUUCCAUAAGUUCAACAAAUGACUAUCCUUGAAGCACCUCUCGAUCUGAAUCUCUUGAAACGAAAGAAAUGACGUUUCUUCCUCUUAGAGUAAGUUCAUUACCUAUGAACAGUAAUUGAAUGUUUAAAGAAUGACGCACUUGAUUCAAGGUAAUGUGAUUUAUUUACUAUGAUGUAUUCACUUUAGAUUCGAUGCAUUAAAUCCCAUUUCCUGAUCCACACAGUGUUAGAACUUAGACUGACAGCCAUUCCGGUGUUUCAAUCAUUAUGUUCUAAUGUGACAGUUUUGUUUAUUUCAUGCUUGGCCAAAGCCGUAGAAGAAAUGUGUGAUAAUUUGUUGGAACAAAAUUUAAAGAAAAGGUUUCUUGUCACAUCUCUGUGUUUUGACUCAAAAGUUAUGAUGGUCUGUGGUCAACGUUCCUUCGCAGAGUGUUGCAUGUUUAUUUUUUAAGAAAGACUUGUUCCUUUUUUGUUAACAUUCCACUUUAUUUAUAAUUUAAUUUGUCACUUUUGUAAUAGCUAGUGUGUUGAUUUAAUUAAGGAAUGCUCGACCUCCAGGUUUUCCCCUAAAAACCAUCCAAGGCUCUAGUAGAAGAAACUUAUUUUUUUUUUUUAAAAAAAAGAUGGACCAGUUCGAUUCUUUGGACAAUGCAAAUGAUAGCAUUGGUUUUUUAAAAUAUGUCCUCUCUUUAGAGUAAUGUUCACUCAAAACCCAAGUAAAAAUUGAGGAUAUGCUUUUUAUCUGUACAAAGUGGUAAUAUGUCAUAUGAUAUAUAUUUUUUGGACGUAGGAAUAUCAAGAAUUAAAGGGAAAGAGCUAGAAUUUUAUCACGAAAAAACUAUUCGUUCAACCUCUGUGUAAAAUGCAUGAACUUGAAGGAGAGCUGGAACUCAUCUUAGAUGUUUCUUUGGGAUCUCAGGUUCAUUUGAAGGAUGUGCACAGGUGAAAAACAGUUAAUGGAAAUAAAUCGAAUAAUAACCCAUGAGGAAUAACCCCCCCCCCCUCUCAAAAGUGUAUCCAACUUGAAAUAGAUAAAGUGGAGGAUUCAGCAAGGGGGUGCAAAAAAUGCUCUCUGAAAAUCUCUCAAAAUCUGCAGAUGGUGGCAAAGGUUAUGGAAUGCAUGGAUCAUGAGGCAAUAUUAAAAAAUAAUGACUUUUUUUCUCUGUCAGCUUUGAAAAAAGUAGGACAAAUCAGACAUUUUUUGCGAAACCAGGGAUUUUGCUGUGAUCGCGGAAAUGAUUCUUGCGACAAAAACGCUGGAUUGUAAGAAACGUUUGGUGUUUUGGAGCUUUUUGCACCCCUAGCAGCAGGGCUGAUAGAUUUGGCUUUUAUGGAACUCCCAUUGGAAUGAAACAUUCACGCUUGUCCCAGUACUUUAAACCCUCUGUAAAAAGCUGCAAGAGCCAAAGCUUACCUAUGCGGAAGCUUUGGCUUGCCCAUAAGUGGCAAUGCCAUAACAAACCAACCCACUAUAUCUUGCAAGUAGUGUCAAGAAAACAGUUUUGCGGGAAACCUAAAGAUGCUUUAGAAACCUCAGGUACUCCUUGGCAAUAAUGUAGAGGGUAAAUAAAAAUUAAAAGGAAGAACCAAAAGAUUAUCAUUAAUAUUAAGCAAUGUGUAUGUUGACUGAUAGUGCCAGAUGAUUUUCAGGAUUUUCUUCAGUACCGAGUAUGUACAUCAGUUCUUGUAGAAUAUAGCUGAAAACAGGCAGGUAAUCCAGGCAGGUAAUGUUGUUCCUUAGACGGAAGAACUUAGCAAAAUUUCAUCGUUGCCAAAUUUCCUCUCAUAAUUUUUAUUUUUACCCCUAGAUUAUUGAUCAUCUUAUAUCGAAAAUUUUACAUUUUCCCCCGAUUAUUGUCGAAAAUUAGUGAAAUUUUGAACAGAAAUCGUCCUGUCACUGUUGUGUGGAAGGACUACUUGUGUAUGUAGAAUUUGCAACCUUAGAAUGGAGUUCUGUUCCUUCGUCCAGGAAUCAUCAACUUUAAACGUAGAAUGAUCCUCAUUUUUUUCAAUCUUUAGUCAUGUCAAUCAGUGAUAGUUUCGUUACAUGUAAAGAGGAGGUCUUCAAUACUCGAAUUUGAAACAUGUUGACUUGCCCGAAUUGUGAAAUAAUCCACCGUAACUCCUCUUCGUGAAUGGAGGAAACGACUUUUCUGCCUUAUUUAUAUGCAGAAUGAUUUUAUUAGGAGAGUGUAAUAUAUUCUCCAUUCUUUGUUCAAUUGGUGUUUUAAAUACUUAGAUUGUUAAUCAAAUUCUGUUUGAUAUUUUCUAGUCAAUUGUUCUAGAGCAAAAUUGUUGUGUGUCUCAUCUUUAUUUAAGAGGGUGGAAAAAACCACUCAUUUUUCGAUGGCUCCAAUCCAAAUGUGCCAUAAUAGUUUUUCUCUGUCCAUUUGGUCAACAGAAAAUAGUGAUGAAGUCUCAAAGCAGACCACCAUCUUCUUUGAAAGAGAAAAAUUCUUGGCAAAAUUUGGUAGGUGUCGCCAUUUUUCUCUUUAAUGAUUGUGCGCUAAUAAGAGAAGAACAAAGCCUCUCCUUUCGAGAGAGGAUAAGUCACUUUCGCAACAAUUUCUUUUACUUUUUUGCACUUAAAGAAUUUUCUUUUCUUUUCAUUUUAAGAUUGACAGAGCCCAAAAGUAUAACACAGUCUAUAUUAUUCUUCUUUUCUUGUGACCUGUCAUAAAAUUAUUCUUCCCCUUUUCUCUAUUUUGAUAAUUGUGAUUACUGUACUUACCUUUUUUAUUUUCUAUGUAAUGCAUCUUCCAUGCUGUGAUGUAACUAGGUGUAUAUAUUUUUCUGAUCACACUGGUCUACAAGGUUUUCUCAUCCUCCAGAAAAAAAUCGGCUCAUUUAUUGGUCUUUCAAAUUUUAAGUAUUUAAACUUACAACAUUCCUUUUGAAAGAAUUAUAUUUUUUUUUAGAAACUGUACAGUGUUCUGGAAAAACCAUCCUUAAUUUCUCUAAAUUGAUGCAAGUAUUCUCUAAUGCUGCAGUGAGAGGUUAAUUAUCAGUAAUUUUCCGUGAAGUGUGUUCAGAAAUAUGGAUUAUCAAUCUCAAAUAAAAAAUUCAGCCCUGAAGUCUCAGCAUUUGAGAAAAUGAUAUUUAAAAAAAAAAAAAAAAAAAACAGUUCAAAACAAUCCAGUUUAUUUGCAUUGUGUCUCUUUUAAAUCGUUCAGUUGUCAGAAGAAGACACUUUUACACUUGUCGGAAAUUCUAAAAAAAAUUUCAGAAAUUAAGGGUGGUUUUGUUAGAACAGGUCACGUAAGUAAUCUCUGAUUUGAGAGUUAUGGAAUUGGAAGAUUCUUGAAUAAGGUCUUUAUUUUUAUAUUUAUUCAUCUUCAUGACCCAAUAAUGAUUCAGUAGAAAAAAGAUCUGUCACCUUACCAAAACAUUUAGGAUUAUUCCUCUUUUUAAUGUGAUGAUAGAAAUCUUUUGGCGACAUUGUACUUGAAGCUACUCCAGACUUUAAAAAUCUCUCAGUUUCUUCUUAUCGAGAGCCCCUGUUUAAUGCUAACAUUGAACGACCUUCGAUCCCUAAGCAACCUUUCAAGAUAGCGAAAAGAAACGAUGAGGGUUAAUAUCAUCUCUUCAGUCUCCGAUGUUGAAAGUAUGGUGUAAGUGUAGGUAUAACUAUGAAUGUGAGUUUCACCUCAAAAUUCCCUUCCUAAUGGACACAAAGUUGGUGUUUUCUGACCUCUGGAUGAUAACAAGAGAUAGAUGUUGGUUGCUAAGUUUUGAAAUCAGGCAUGUAGGUCGAUGUAUCGCUCGCGAGUUCAGAUCACUAGUUAGCUACACAAAGGACGCAGCUGAUACUUUCAAUGAAUUUCCUUGAUCAACCAUUAUUCUGCUUCAGUUGGGUUUUAGUAUACUAUGAAACUAUUUUUCUUGACAGUAAAUGUUUUUUAGAUUAUUUUACUUCUAAUUUCAUAUCAGUUCGGAAAAUCAUGUAGUACCAUUGACCAGUGAUCAUUGUACAACAAAUAUCAUUGGCUGAACUUUGAAACCACGUAUUUCAGUUGCAGUGUAUCAAAAUUUCCGCCUCUAUUUUACUUUCCGCAAAGGGAAACUAGACAACUUAAUUGUUCGGAAUUUUCAUAGAAUAUUGAAGAACAAUCACGGAAAUUUUUGGUCAAAAAUGGAACAUAACGUAGUUUCCAAGUUCGGCCAGCGAUAUGUCUAAUUUGGGUGAUAUCUUUUAGGUAACAGUAAUACUGCUAUUUUAGUUUUCCCCUCUAUGAGUGGUCAUCCAUUGAUUUGAUUUGGAAAGCAAUAAAACAUCUUGUUAUUGUUUGAAAAAACAUUAUUUUUUUAAAAGGAAAAAAAAGUGAAAAUGAGUUUCUAGUUUUUGAAAUUAAUGUUAAAAGAAUGCUUGUUUUAAUUCAUUUAAAACUCAGAAUUAUAUGUAUUCUCGUCUACUUGACUUACAUUUUUGAUCAACAAGAAACUUGAUUGAAAACUAAGCUGCUGAAACCACUCAUGUCAUUCGAAAUAUGACUGCAUUGACCUUGGUACAUAAACAUAAUUGAAUUGUUUAGUUGAAAAACAACCAAACUCUGACGGAAAAAAAGAGUUUAGAAACUAAUAAAAACUUAUCAGUGCCAAUAGUUUUCAAAAGCCAAUAGAAAGGAAUUUUUCCUUUUAAAUCUCCUUGUUAUGAGGUGUCUCAAUAGUUACGGAUUAUAAGGUGCGCAUUUCAAUCAGCAAUUGGUAUAUUAGAAUUUCAUGUUGAUUCCAAAAAUUCAAAACAAAGCUAACAACUUUCCUCAUUCAAAAUGCUUGGAACCAUUUUAAAAAAUAAUUUCAGCAUGAAUAAUAUAAUCCAGUGCAGUGUCUGAUUAAGAAAACUUGAGACAUAACUUUUAACAACAGCUUUUCUGUCAACCGUUGGUUUUCUCAGCUUAGUCCUCGAUUGUUUGCCUUUAACUUUUAAGCCUCUGUACUUUAAUUGUAUAUCUCUUGUAUUUAAUAGUUUACUGAGAAUUAUGAAUAUAAAUAUAUUCUCUUUCAAUCUAUUUUUCGACCCACUAUCUCAAAUACCUGUAAUGCUUUGAUCAAAUCGCUUAGAAUAAAUUGAGCGUUUAGUUCGUGAUGAAA